AUGACAGCGCCACGUCCACGAGAACCAUGGUCGGGCAUAUACGACGCGACAGCUCCGGGUCCCUGUUGCCCCCAAAAAAGCCCCAAUAGUGGCCAAAUAAUUGGCGAGGAAGAUUGCUUGACCCUGAACGUGUACACCCCGCGUUUGCCCCGUACCGAAGGCGAUUUCACUGCGCGCCCUUUGCCCAUCAUGUUUUGGAUUCACGGAGGUGGCUUGCGUACAGGCUCAGCCGGUGAUGCACUGUAUGGCCCGGACUUUUUGGCCGCCCGGGAUGUGGUCGUGGUGACCGUUAAUUAUCGCCUGGGACCAUUGGGUUUCUUAUGCCUGCACAAUGAGGACGCACAAGGUAACGCCGGUGGCAAAGAUAUAUUAGCUGCUUUGCGUUGGGUGCGUCAGAACGCUUCAGCUUUCGGAGGUGACGCCGGUUGCGUUACCGUAUUCGGCGAAGGAACAGGCGCCGCUUUAGUGCACGGUUUAAUGAUGUCGCCGCCUGCAAGAGGUUUAUUCCAUCGUGCAAUUCUCCAAAGCGGUUCCUUACUCGGCGAUUGGGGCAUAGAACACCGACCCCGCGAACGAGCUGCGGCUCUCGCCAAGGUUUUGAAUUGCGACGAUCGUUCGGCCUCUGGUCAGGCUGCUUUCCUGCGUAACGCGCCUGCCGGGGACCUUGUCGAGGCGGCGGAUGAGCUCAUAACGCCCAUGGAACGAAGACGCGGCUACGCAAUGCCGUUCUGCCUCAGUGUCGAGGGAAUGGGAUCCAUGGGACCCGCAGAAGAAAUGUUCUUGCCGGAUACACCUCAAGCAUUGUUCGAAGCAGGACGUGUUGCCAGGAUUCCUCUGCUUGCUGGAUAUAAUGAACACGAGGGAAUGGCGUUCCUUCCCGACUACAUUCGUGGGUUAAAGGACGUCGAUCGUGAUUUCGAGAAACUUGUGCCCGUGGGUCUUCGUCUGCACGAGAAGUCUCCGAGGUCAGUUGCGGUUGCGCGAAAAAUGCGCGAAUUUUACUUCGGCGACAUGCGGGUCGACAAGGACUCCUUACCGCAGCUGAUUGACCUCCUGAGCGACGUACAUGUGGUCCGAGGCAUGCACGAUACUCUACGAGCCCACGCACCAUUGAUCCAGUCCCUGUUCUUCUACAAAUUUAAUUUUGUCGGAAAGAUCAAUUAUUACAAGAACAUUUUGCGAAUAAAUCGUCGAGGUUGUUCUCAUGGCGACGAAAUGUUCUAUCUUUUCAAACCUGGAUCCUUCGAUGUCACCGUGGACCACGAUUCCCACGAGUACAGAACCCGAGAGAGGAUGGUGACACUCUGGACCAACUUUGCCAAAUAUGGAAAUCCCACACCCAGCAAGGACGGCGUAAUAGUGACAGAGAAGUGGCGCCCAGUUAAAGGAACCACUUUGAAUUACAUGGAGAUCACAUCCGAAAUGCGAAUGCGCCAGAACCCGAAUCCGGACCGUUUGAGAUUCUGGAACGAUCUCAAUGCUUUACUUCAUAAUGAUUCCGUCUCAUAA